UUCAUACACUUGCAAAAUAACGUGUCUGAAACUUUCUUUAUAUUAGAAGAAGAACAACAAAAAAAUCCAAUUCUCUCUCAAUUAAAUCAAAAAAGAAAAAUCAGAUCUAGGGUUUCCCCUUGCAAUUAUCGACAUGGAUGCCUUAGAUAACGUCUUCGAUCCGCUCAGAGACUUCGCCAAGGACAGCGUUCGCCUCGUCAAGCGCUGCCAUAAACCCGAUCGUAAAGAAUUUACGAAGGUUGCGUUCCGUACUGCAAUCGGGUUCGUGGUGAUGGGAUUUGUUGGAUUUUUUGUGAAGCUUAUCUUUAUCCCUAUUAACAACAUCAUCGUCGCUUCUUGAAACAGGCUUAUGGAUACAGGACUGGAAGGUGUUCAAACAGCUCAAGUCUUGAAAGAGGAAUGCAUAGCAUUUAGCUCUUCUAGGUUUCUUUUUGAUAUGUAUUGAAUACUCGAGUAAACCAGGAAAUUAUAAAUUUAAACUUUUGAAAUUUGGCUUCGGCUUAGCUAUUUUGAUUGGUUUUGAUAUGCAA